GGGCAGCGAGUGGCCCACGCGAUACACUCCACCCUGGACUCUUAUGCGGUGACUCGCGCGGCGCAGGCGCCUCUUUGACCUCCGGAGGGGUCCGGGCUUCCCGCGGCGGGAUGUUCUCGCGAAGAAGCCACGGGGAUGUCAAGAAGUCCACCCAGAAGGUGUUGGACCCCAAGAAGGACGUGCUGACCCGCCUGAAACACCUGCGGGCGCUGCUGGAUAAUGUGGAUGCAAGUGAACUUAAGCAGUUCUUUGAGACCAACUAUUCUCAGAUAUACUUCAUCUUCUAUGAAAAUUUUAUAACACUGGAAAAUAGUUUGAAAUUAAAAGGGAAUAAUAAGUCACAAAGGGAAGAGCUAGACUCCAUCCUCUUUCUUUUUGAGAAAAUACUGCAGUUUCUACCCGAACGCAUUUUCUUUCGAUGGCAUUACCAGAGUAUAGGCUCAACUUUAAAGAAGCUUCUGCACACUGGAAAUUCUAUUAAGAUAAGAUGCGAAGGAAUCAGGUUGUUUCUUCUGUGGCUUCAAGCACUUCAGACAAACUGUGCGGAAGAGCAGGUGCUGAUUUUUGCUUCCCUUGUUCCUGGUUUCCCAGCGAUCAUGUCCUCCAGAGGGCCCUGUACUCUGGAGACACUCAUCAAUCCAAGCCCUAAUGUAGCUGAUGCAAAGAUAUAUCCAGAAGAAAUCACUCCACUCCUGCCAGCCAUAUCAGGGGAAAAAAUAGCUGAGGACCAAACAUGCUUUUUUCUUCAAAUACUAUUGAAAUAUAUGGUUAUUCAGGCUGCAAGCUUGGAGUGGAAGAAUAAGGAGAAUCAAGAUACUGGUUUUAAAUUUCUUUUCACAUUGUUUCGAAAGUAUUAUCUUCCUCAUUUAUUCCCGUCAUUUACUAAGUUAACAAACAUCUACAAACCUGUACUUGAUAUCCCCCAUUUAAGACCAAAGCCAGUGUAUAUUGCUACAGCUCGAGACAAUGAAAACAUUUACAGUACAAAAAUUCCAUACAUGGCAGCACGUGUUGUUUUUAUUAAGUGGAUUGUAACUUUCUUUUUGGAAAAAAAAUAUCUAACUACAGCACAAAAUGCUAAAAAUGGAGUUGAUGUAUUGCCUAAAAUCAUGCAGACUGUUGGUGGUGGUGCAGUGCAAGAGAGGGCACCAGAGCUGGAGGGUGGCGGGCCUGCAGAGCCGGACAAAAACCAUUCUAACAGCAGCACCUUGUCAGACCGGAGACUCAGCAACUCUAGCCUUUGUAGCAUUGAAGAAGAGCACCGAACCGUGUAUGAAAUGGUGCAGCGGAUCCUCUUAUCAACUCGAGGUUAUAUCAAUUUUGUGAAUGAAGUAUUUCGCCAGGCAUUUUUGUUGCCUUCCUGUGAUAUAGCUGUAACAAGGAAAGUAGUUCAAGUAUACAGAAAGUGGAUCCUCCAGGACAAACCUCUGUUCAUGGAGGAACCAGAUAAAAAGGAAGUUGCCCAAGAAGAUUAUGAAAAAUUAGGAUUUUCUGAGACUGACAACAAGGAGCCUGCAUUUGAAAGCUCCGGUCAUAAGCGAUCUUCGAGUUGGGGACGAACAUACUCCUUCACGAAUGCUGUGAGCAGAGGGUGUGUGACAGAAGAGGAAAAUAAGAAUGUGAAAGCCGGGGCCCAGGCUAUGCUGCAGGUAUUUUUGACAAAUGCUGCAAAUGUCUUUUUGCUGGAACCAUGUGCUGAAGUUCCCAUACUCUUGAAAGAACAAGUUGAUGCUUGUAAAGCUGUUUUGAUUAUUUUUAGGCGCAUGAUAAUGGAACUCAUAAUGAAUAAAAAGACGUGGGAACAGAUGUUGCAAAUACUACUCAGAAUAACAGAAGCUGUCCUGCAGAAGCCAAAGGAUAAACAAAUAAAGGACUUGUUUGCCCAGAGUUUGGCAGGGUUACUAUUUAGGACACUCAUUGUGGCUUGGGUCCGAGCAAACCUCUGUGUGUACAUUUCUCGAGAGCUCUGGGACGACUUUCUUGGAGUGCUGUCCUCCCUCACGGAGUGGGAGGAACUCAUAAAUGAGUGGGCCAACAUUAUGGAUUCCUUGACAGCAGUGCUCGCAAGAACUGUUUACGGAGUUGAGAUGACAAACCUACCUCUGGACAAAUUAAGUGAACAAAAGGAAAAGAAACAACGAGGCAAAGGCUGCAUUCUAGAUUCUCAAAAAGGAACCACUGUGGGGAGAUCCUUUUCUCUCAGCUGGAGGAGCCACCCAGAUGUGACUGAGCCUAUGCGAUUUAGGAGUGCCACCACAUCUGGGGCAUCAGGAGUUGAGAAAGCAAGAAACACCAUUCGCCAAAAAGCAACUGCUAAGAGAAGCCAGUCUAUCAGCAACUGUUUCCAACUUUCUGAGGCUUUGCCUGCCACUAAAAGCAUCCCGCUCCUCCUUCACAGCGUGAGCACUCUCUUACCUGGUCUCUCUUACUCCUCUUGCUCUCACAGGCUGCCAGAAGUGGAAGAAUGUCAGCAGUCAGAAAAUGCACCUGCAAUUGAAUCUGGCCACCUGGUGGCAGAGCAGCAGCAGCAGAUCAUUCGGAGCAGCAGCACAGCUGAUGUCACUGAGCCGCUGUGUUCAGAGUCAGCUCAGGGUCAAAAGAUAGAAAACACACAGAAUUUGAGUUCUUCAGAGCCUAAGCCUAUUCAAGAGAAUAAAGGAAAUGUGAAGAAAGAAUAUGAAGGAGUAACAAUCUUAGUUCGAAGAAGCAGCAGCUCUGCUGAAUUGGAUUUAAAAGAUGAUUUGCAGCAGACACAAGGAAAAUGUAGGGAGAGACAGAAGAGUGCAAGUGUCAGCAGUGACACAGCUCUAGACUGUAACAAUGAGGCAGAGUUGUCCAUGAGUUCAUGGCAGACCUGUGAGGAAGAUACAGAACUGAACUCUCCCACAGAUGAUGUGGCUGACUCUGAUGCCCGCCGUUGGUUACAACUGAGUCCCACAGAUGCUUCAAACUUAACAGAUAGCAGCGAAUGCCUUGCAGAUGAUUGCAGCAUAAUUGCUGGAGGGAAUCUCGCUGGUUGGCACCCAGACUCUGCCGCUGUGUUAUGGCGAAGAAUCUUGGGAAUCCUUGGAGAUGUGAAUAAUAUCCAAUCACCCAAGAUUCAUGCCAAAGUUUUUGGCUAUCUCUAUGGACUGUGGUAUAAACUAGCAAAGAUACGAGAUAAUCUAGCAAUAAGCCUGGAUAACCAGUCUUCUCCAUCUCCUCCGGUCUUGAUCCCACCACUCAGAAUGUUUGCAUCAUGGCUAUUUAAGGCAACGACAUUGCCAAAUGAAUAUAAGGAAGGCAAACUACAAGCCUACAAAUUGAUCUGUGCCAUGAUGACCAGACGCCAGGAUGUUCUGCCAAACUCAGACUUCCUUGUGCAUUUUUACCUUGUGAUGCACCUGGGAUUAACCAGUGAGGAUCAGGAUAUCUUAAAUACCAUUAUAAGGCACUGUCCACCCCGUUUUUUUUCCCUGGGUUUGCCUGGCUUUUCAAUGCUGGUGGGGGACUUUAUCACGGCUGCUGCCAGGGUCCUCGCUACAGACAUGCUGGCGGCACCUCGUUCAGAAGCUCUCACCAUUCUCGGUUCUCUUGUCUGCUUUCCAAAUACCUACCAGGAGAUCCCUUUGCUGCAGUCAGUGCCAGGAGUUAGUGAAGUCAUUACAGGAACCGAAGAUGUUAAGCAUUAUCUCAUAAAUAUUUUAUUGAAGAAUGCCACAGAGGAACCAAAUGAAUGUGCAAGGUGCAUUGCCAUUUGCUCCCUCGGAAUCUGGAUAUGUGAAGAGCUUGCACACUGUACAAGGCAUCCUCAGCUGAAAGAGGCCAUCAAUGUGAUAGGGGUCACCUUGAAGUUUCCUAACAAAAUUGUGGCUCAGGCGGCUUGUGAUGUUCUUCAGUUGCUGGUUUCCUACUGGGAAAAGCUUCAGAUGUUUGAAGCCUCUCUGCCUCUGAAAAUUGCAGAAAUCCUUGUGGCCACAAUUGCUUUUCUUUUACCAAGUGCAGAGUACUCCUCAGUGGAAACAGAUAAGAAGUUCAUUGUGUCCUUGCUACUCUGCCUCUUGGAUUGGUGCAUGGCUUUGCCAGUGAAUGCCCUUCUCCACCCAGUGUCCAUGUCAGCCCUGGAGGAGCAGCACUCAUCCAGAGCUCCUUUGCUGGAUUAUAUCUACAGGGUUCUGCACUGCUGUGUGUGCGGCUCAAGCACAUACACUCAACAGAGUCACUACACACUGACCCUGGCUGACCUGUCAUCUUCAGAUUAUGACCCCUUCCUGCCACUGGCAAAUGUGAAGAAUUCUGAGCCAGUCCAAUAUCAUUCAUCAGCAGAACUUGGCAACCUGCUUACUGUUGAAGAGGAGAGGAAGAGGCGAAGUUUGGAGCUGAUCCCUCUGACUGCCAGAAUGGUGAUGGCCCACCUAGUGAACCACCUGGGACAUUUCCCCCUCCGUGGGGGCCCGGCCGUGCUGCACAGCCUGGUCAGCGAGAAUCAUGACAACACUCCUGCAGAAGCUUCUGAGCUCUCUUCCGAGGUGUUCAGGAGCCCAAACCUGCAGCUGUUUGUAUUUAAUGAUAGCACCCUCAUUUCCUACCUUCAGACACCCACAGAAGGAUUGGCAGGCAGUUCACCAGUGGGCGCCCUCUCAGACGUGAGAGUAAUUGUGAGGGACAUCUCAGGAAAGUACUGCUGGGAUGGGAAGGUUUUGUAUGGACCUUUAGAAGGCUGCUUAACACCCAGCAGCAGAAAUCCUUCGUUUCUGAUUUCAGGCUGGCAUCAUCGAACAUUUGGGCCUCAGAGAAGUUUUCCUCAGACUGAGGAGGGAGAUGAUGUCCUUGAUAAAUUACUUGAAAACAUUGGCCACACUAGUCCUGAAUGCCUUCUGCCAUCGCAGCUAAAUCUAAAUGAGCCUUCCCCACCCCCACAUGGAAUGAACUGUGACCAAGAGAAGGAAAUUAUUGAGGUCAUUUUGCGCCAGAACGCACAAGAAGACGAAUAUAUUCAGAGAAGUAACUCUGAUUCAGCCAUGCAAGUCCCCAGCCAGGAGCAACCCUCACCAGUGGAGCCGCAGGGACCAUUUUAUUUCUGCAGGUUGUUGCUUGAUGAGUUGGGAAUGAAUUCUUGGGACAGAAGGAAGAAUUUUCAUCUGUUGAAGAAAAAUUCAAAAUUAUUGAGAGAGCUAAAAAAUCUGGAUUCCCGUCAGUGCCGUGAAACACAUAAAAUUGCAGUGUUUUACAUUGCUGAAGGUCAGGAAGACAAGUGUUCGAUCCUCUCCAAUGACAAAGGAAGUCAAGCAUAUGAAGACUUCGUUGCUGGACUUGGAUGGGAGGUAGAUCUCUCAACCCACUGUGGGUUCAUGGGUGGACUUCAGCGCAACGGCAGCACAGGACAAACCGCUCCUUAUUAUGCUACCUCGACUGUGGAAGUGAUUUUCCACGUUUCCACUCGGAUGCCAUCAGACUCAGAUGAUUCACUCACCAAAAAGCUUCGCCACUUGGGGAAUGACGAGGUCCACAUCGUCUGGUCUGAACACUCCAGGGAUUACCGCAGGGGUAUUAUCCCAACUGCCUUUGGAGACGUUUCAAUCAUUAUUUACCCAAUAAAGAAUCACAUGUUCUUUAUCACGAUAAGGAAGAAACCAGAGGUUCCAUUUUUUGGGCCUCUGUUUGAUGGAGCCAUAGUGAAUGGUAAGUUACUGCCAAGCCUUAUAUGUGCCACAUGCAUCAACGCCAGCAGGGCCGUGAAGUGCCUCAUCCCACUCUACCAGAGCUUCUAUGAAGAGCGAGCCCUGUAUCUUGAAGCAAUAAUUCAGAACCACCGUGAAGUAAUGACGUUUGAGGAUUUUGCAGCCCAAGUCUUUUCUCCAUCUCCAAGCUACUCCCUCAGUGGAACGGAUUAAAAUACAUAAAGGUCUCAUUGCAGUAUUUGAGCAAGGGCCCUGGCCACCAGCCUGAGUGCCUACCUCACAGUGCACUUGGCAAGGAGGAGAUGGUUGAGACUCCCCCACUCCCACCACCCAGAAACAUGCAAACCCAGACACUCCAGAAACAUGGCCCUCAACAGACCAUCAGUUAAUGGACUUCUGAAGUUAAAGACAAAUCCCACCGGAAUGUUGCAGGUUGGACUUUUAAACUAGGUGGUGGUGUCUUGCCCUGAAACCUCCUGAACCUUGGGCUUCAAAAGAAAAAAAGAAAAAGUCCCCAACAAACAGAGACAUACCCACCUUCAUGUGGACAUUGGUGUGGCUACUUCAGGCAGAGAUGGCAGAAGAUUCCAGGCUUUCGGGGAGGAGGCACAGGACGGCUGGUUUCUAUGUCCCACUUUGUUUCCUCUCAUUGAUAAACCCAAGCAUGAUUCGUGGAGGGGGCCAGCAAAACAACUGUCAAAUUGUUUGAGAAUUUUUCUCUGCAUUGAUUUUGCUAGUUCCCAUGUUAAAAUUUAUGGUUUGCUCAAAAAUUUCAUCAUGAUGGAAAUUGGCUUUCCCUAGGGUCUUUUGUCCAGAAGUUUUACCUCAGUUGAGUGUUUUUCCUCCUGAUGACUGAUGCCCACUAACUGAGGAGAGGUUUCUUGUCCAUCCUGUAGGCACUCCAGGUCAUGACAAUGAUACUCCUAUCACAGAGCACUCAGAUAUUUCUAGAAAUUCAGGGUCCUGUCCCAGUGAAAGCUCUGUAGGUCAGGAAGCUCCCAAGGCUCCACUCAGCACAGCACCACUCAAGGUACACACCAGCUCAGGUGCUAGACUGAGACAGCACCCCGCAGUGUCCAUCUGCCUCCAAGAGCCUCCCCUGGUGUUGUGCUCUCCUGCCCACUGCCCAACGAGGACCACUGUGGGGGCCUUAGGGAUAUUUCCCAUCACACAGAGCUUUAGGGUAACAGAUUCCAAGCAAGGGUUCAAUCAUGCUUUUCACUCAUUUGGCUCUGAGGGACACAUAAUGAGCCUAUUUUUUAAAAAGAAAAGGAAAAAAAUGAAAAGCUCCACCUUCUGCCAGCACUUUCCUAGCACCCUUGCUGGGGGUCUGAGGGUGUCAGAGACAAAUCAGUCAAUGGGAAAGACCUCUGCUUCUCACCUAGGUCUCUGCCUGUCUCAUUAUGGAGUUUUGUCCCACCACCCACUGCAGUCUUUGUGUUGUAAGACUGUAAGACAUUUCAAACACACAGAUCUGGAGCAGAGUAAGCCCCUGGCUCAGAAUGUGUGUGUGGAAGGGCCGGGGGCACCGGGGGGAGGACAGAGGCGGAGGGUUGGAGGGAAGGCAGCUGCUAGCUGAAGCCCCACUCAGAAGAAAAGUUGGCCGUGCAUGGGUGCUUUCCCUCUCUCCUCUGCCACCUGCCCUUUGCCCUCUGCUCAUCUGCUCUGCUCUACACCCAUGUGUGUUACCCCAGCCUACUUAGGCAACCUUUCCAGUGAGCCUUCUGAGCCUACUCACCCUGUGAGAGCCUCAGAGCAGCCGUUUUCACUGACCAGUCAGUUCUGUCAACCAUUCAGUUGGUUUGGCUGGUACCUGACCUUUAAGGAGAAAAGGGAAGAUCCAGGUGCAAGACUCCCUUUGGGGACAAGUGAAAAGGGAUUGUGAAAGUCUUUCCUAUUAGAAGGGUGAACCUUUUGCUCUAAACAGAAUUUGGGGUUUUUUUGCUUUAUAGGAAAUUAUAAGACCCAGGCCCACCAGACAGAAGCAGCUUAAACACAAUCCGUAUGAGAGAAUGGGGGAUGCUCCAAAAUAGAAGACAUAGUCUUAGUCAAUUAUGUGCUGCUCUGUAAACAGGGAUUUGUUCACCCACUGGGGCUGAAUGGCAAUAUAAAGGGUGACUGGAAGUCAUAGCAUUUUCUGUUGUCUCAGCAAAUGUCAGGAGUUUAUGUUCCCCUCCCACACACAUACACCUUUUUAAUGAUUUGGGCUUUCCGGUGGGCUUGGUUUGCCCCAUCACGCAUACUCAGACUGCUUUUGAGUUGCUUUGUUUCAUAUUUACAAAAUACCCAAACCUUGUUCCUUCCGAGAAAGGCAGCACAUGUUGCUGGGGUCCAGAGUCCCAUGGAAACUCUCAUGGGUAGUAGCUUCUAGAAUAUUUCAUCUUCAGAUUCUACAAAUCGCUGGUGCAGAAUUCUUGGAUUUAGUUGAAGUGUUGGGACUUGGGAGUCAUACUGAACUCUACUGGACUUCUGCUCCAUGAUUCCACUUUACCUCCAGGAACCAGUCCUCCUCAACCUGCAGUGGGAGACUCAGUUGUAGGUAGCAAAUAACUAGACCUUCCUGUCAUCCCUAAUGAUUUUAACAACUCUGACCCCAGAUUACAACCAGCAGUUUUGACACUGUGGCUUUUCCUGAGCCCACUAUUCUCAGUACCAGGUUUCGUUUGGAGACUUGGAAUGGGAAAGCAGGGGAUCUGGCAGCCAGGUUUGCUUGCAAUCAUGUGGACUUGAAUCAUUCUUGUUAUUUGGGGUGGAAAAUUGAAAUGAUCAAGUCUUUUUUUCUUUUUCACUUAGAAAAGCAAAUAUUUUGCUUUUGUAAUUAAUGCCUUUCAGCUAAAUUGCUGAAGGUCACUCAUCCAGUGAGGUCCCACCUGAGUCAUAUUAGUAGGUCAGCCAUCUGUAAACAAAAGUGGCCAUUAAUUGGCCCAAAAUGGGUAAGACUCGCUGGCUUCCAUGCAGGACCAGACUGAUCUUCUAUAGUCUCACUGAGUAGGUUUUGUACUUAAAAAAAUAGUAAUGCCACAAAAUUACUCCUUUAAAAAUAGUAAACUCUUAAGUAGACAGAAGUGAGGAAAUUUAGCUUCAGUAAGUGAUUGUCACAGUGUCUUCAUGCAAUUAAGACUGCAGUUCCUAAAAAUCGAAAGGGAGGAAGACGGGGUUUAGCAUUCAUUUUGUGAGAGGGGCUAAUAUCAGAUCCUUCGCCUUACAAACAAGAUCAUGUGAACCUAUAGACAGUACAAAUCAUGUCACAUCUUCCUGGAGUUCCUCAGGUGCGGGCAACUGUCCUUUAUUUACUAUUCUAUUUGUAUCAUCCAGAGGUUUGAGGGGGUCCUUUAAAACUUACUGUGAUGUCUUAUAUGUAACUGCUACCUUUAGGUCUACUGAAGAGGAGUGUCUGCAUCUGAAAGGAAAUUGAACAUAAACAACCAUCAUUUUAGUUGCACUCAAUAUCUAUGUAUGACAUACACAUUAAUUGAAUGUUUUCAGGCCUACAAUAUUUAAUACUUGUAAAUAAGGAAAAAAUUUGAUAAAUAUCAUAAAUUAAGUUAUAGUGUGUCAUUUGAUUUGUAUUUUGCUCUUAUUUAAUUUUCCUAAUGCUCACAUCUGGGUUUAUGCCCAGAUGAUAGAGACCUUUCUGUGUAAUGCACCUUUGCAGUCAAGCGUUUGUGUUGUGCCGGGUCAUUGUGCAGAGACAUGCCAUGCACAGAGAAGUACACAGUUCCACAGGUGACUACCACAACUCUCUGGUCUACCCUCCUUUUCUCCUGAACUAUGAUUUACUGUGAUGAUUUAAUAAAAUAGA